AUGCUGGGACGUACGCCAACAAAUCCGUCGGCUCAGAUUGUCGGCGCACGCGUCGGUCCAGCUGGGCGCGGCUCACCCUCAACCAUGCCGAUGAGCACACCUCCACAGCAGGCACGUCAGCCUUUGCCACAGGGCCCCAUGGUGCCAAAUCAGUCCGUUCAGCAGCGGCCGACAAAUGGAAUGCCUGGGCACGGCAGCUCGGCCCCGAUGCCGUCUCAGCUCGACCAUCAAAUUCGCCAGUCACAGCAGGUUAGCCAGGGCCACCCAACUCAAGGACAGGCCUGGGUUCAUCAUAACCAGCCUGGCCAGCAGCAGGUUUCGCCUCGUACUUCAGCCUUAUAUCACCCAAAUCGACCGGUGAACAACCCAGUGGCAAAUGGGGCCCCUCGGGUGCUUCCUUCGCAACCCCAUGUUCCUACGUUGGGAAGCAAUCAUUACGGCCCGCCGAGAGCAGGUUCUGGACAGCCUGUCAGUGGCACUCAGCCCAACCUAGCUGAUCGCAGCAACCGGGUACCUCUGCCGCCGAUGAAUGCUGGACCCAUGGGCUCCCGUGUGGACAGAAUACAGGCGGUUGAUGGGAGAAACUUUGCGCACGGGGCCAUGUUACGAGCGGAAGAUGGGUUGAGACAUUCUAUAGACUCCCACUCUGACCGCCACAAGAUGGCCAAGAGGAAGUCGGAUGCUAGCGACAUGUCAUCUAGAGAUGCAGAUCCGAAGCGCGCAAGAACUGAUACGCCACAGUCAAUAGCUCCCAGGACGAUCACCUUUGCCGAAGUUUACCAAGACGGCAAAGCGGAAUACAAGCACAACAUCGUCAAAUUCGAAGACGUUUUCUAUAUUCUGCGAUGCGACGAGCACGGUGUGCAUUUCAAGCAGAACGCCCUCGCAGCGGCAGCCAAGCACCUUCACGGCGCUUCGCAUGGUCAUCAGAAGAAGGAACACAAGUUGGCGGUUGAAACCAUUGGAUUCCACGUCGUGGAUUGUACAGAGGAGCUUUCUGCAAUGAACAACGAAUGCGUCCGCCUUGCUUUCGAAAAUGGUUACAAGCCCCUGAACCAGCUGCACGGCCCGAAAUCCGGUGGUAAACGACAGUCGGCUGCUCACGCGAUGGCUCCUGUUAGGGACCCGUCAGUUUCUGAUUCAUCAUUCCAGGCACCCCCCAACAGUGCAGGAUCCUACCAAGCGAAGUUGGAAUCGAGAUCACAGGAGGAGAAGCAGCAACGUGGUGGGGAUCACAUUAUGAAUCCAAUCCCAGGUGACAUUUACCACGCAAAAUGGCCGAGGAGCAAUAAGCUCUACAUUGUUAUGAUACUGGGCUGGACAUCCUUGAAGAUGUGCGGAUGGGAUGGCUGGCUCAGCGACACACAGCUUUGCGACAGAAAGAUUAGGCCUACGUGCUACACGUAUAAUGACGAAGGCAUUGGGGGUUGGGCGCCUGGUUACGGAGAUGGCGAGCCGCGUGAGUUGGAUAGGGAUGUUCCCGUUCUGUGGUUUGAAAAGAAUGGCAACACUAGACUGGGUUGGCUUGGCGUCAAGUUCAUUCUGAAGCCUUUGCUGCUUGAUGACCCUGACCGAUCUACUGAUCCCUUGGACCCGGCCAAUAACGCGAGAAAGAAGUAUGCUGAGAUCCGUGGGUACGACUCGUUCGAGGCCAUGCUGGCCCAUUCGACGACAGAGACGGCGACGACAGCGACAGUUCCCGCAAAGCUGCCGUCGUUUGCUUCGGCAUCGGACUCGGACCCUGUACCCGAUGUUGACAUGUACGACUUUGGCGACAACCCUCCUCCAGCUGACGAUUCGGAUGACGAAGACUACGUGGAGCCGAAGCGCCGAAAUGGUCAGGAUUCAGAUGAUGACAUGGCGGAUGUUGACGAAGGCCCAACUACACCUCAGCAGCCUCUCAGACGCAGCACUCAAGAGGUGCGGCCCACGUCGCGGCUGAGUGAGAAUAGUUGGAUGACGGGGAGAUCUGGAGCUGCUGCUGGCACUCGUCUGUCAGCCAAGAAAGACAAGGCGGUGGCUGAUAGGGAUGAUGUGGCAUUGGACGAUGCUAUCCAAGUAACGCCGUCCAAGGAUCGAACCGAUAGCAAGGAGAAUGCGACGCCCAUCCCCACGAACCCCAAUGGAGGACCCGUUACCGUCGCCCUUGGAACCCCCGCGACACCUCAGCCGGCAUCUGCAGAGAUGGCUGUGAACGGGCCAACUUCAGUUCCCAAUCUAGCUCCUCAAACUGAUGGCAUCGCGCCUGUGAGCACCGCAUCACCAGGAUCAAGCCAGACGACGGUUGUAUCGGCGACUGCGCGGUCUGCGCUUACUGAGAUUGCCGGGAGCAACGCGUCUCAGAGGCAAAAUGCCCAAGAUAGUGCGCACCCGGCGGUAGAAGCUUCAACACCCCGGCAAGACAGCGAGAGCCAGUCUCAGAUGGACCAAGCAUCAAUGGCAAGCUUGGCUCAGAGCGCGAUGAAGGCUGCUUCUAAAUCGCCAAGCCUAGACAAGGAAGUUCCUCGUGUAAGCCCCAAGCUGCAAAUUGCAGACUUGGUAAACGACACAGCCGGCUCUGAAAAAGCAGUCCGUCGGCCUCUACUAUCCAAGUCUUCCCCGGGCGUUGUUGAGCCAGCGCCACUCCGACACCCAUUGCCUCAGAAGCCCAGCCAAGAGAUUCAUCUCGAUCAAAUGACGAGAGCUAGUCAGCAGCCUUCGCCCGCACUUUCCACUAAGAGCAUCAAGGAGGCAGCGUCGCCAGCGCUGAACGGCCCGUUUCCCCAGCCUCCGCGGAGUGCUAGCGCCGCCAGCGGCGAGAGCGCUGCUCGCCGACCCGAUCCUCGCAUGAGCAUCGCGAGCAUGAGCAGCAGCAGUGCCCACGGCGACCAGGAGCGAGGGGCGAUCAAGCAGACGGUGGUCAUCAGUACAAGCAACGGCACUGCGUCGGGUAGUAGCACUCCCAAGGUGUUGACGCACGCCAGCUUGGUCAACAGUGAGCAGUGGCGUGCAGUCCGGGCAUCGGAGUCACCUCGGAUCACGCCUGCGGCGCUCCAAUCGCCUCUCAUCGACCGAAGUGCGGCGGUCUCUCCUGCUCUGGGAGGCAAGAGAGAUGUCGAGAACUUUAUCGACGUGUCGGAGUUUCACCAGGGCAGUCAGCACUGGGUGCAGCCGGGAAAAUUCUUGCGUUUCCACGCCGGGGACGAAUCGAGCAGCAUCAUGCGAAGCAAGGAAGAAGACGGCAUGGAGGCCGUUGUGGACGCUAGCCUAGUUAAGGCAGCAAAGAUGGCGGGAACGACAGUACAAUUGGAGCUCAAGACGGAGAAGGGCGAGAAGGUGGAGCAGAAGCUGGUGUUUGAGGCCAACUCGUUGACAGGCAGCCAACGCGGAGCAAAGCUACAAGCGACCAAGUUCUACAAAUGGCUUUCGGGAAAGAAUCCAGACAUGCAGCACCUAUAUUGA